AAGCAGCUGAACUUAAACAGAACGCGUCUCGAGACCCUGGCGUUUAGCGCCAUCCUGUUGCUCUCUUGCGAACGCGUCUUGCGUGAACGCCCCUAGCUGUCAGAGAGAUGCGUUUGUGUCAUCGCUGCCAUGUUCACUCUAGUGCACUUGUUGUUACGCGGAUGUUGAGGAAGUGGUGGUUAGUGGCACUUGGAUGAGUAUCAUCCGCUCUUGAUUUAAUACCGUGAGAAAACGAGUCAAAUGCCGCGCUGCUAUGGACGCGAUCGGAGUAUCGCACACGGAUCCGCUCGAUGACUACGAGCUGAUACACCGCAUAGGCAGCGGGACAUAUGGAGAUGUGUUCAAGGCCCGUAGCAUUAAGACCUCAGUCAUUGCAGCAAUUAAAGUGGUCAAACUGGACCCUGGUGAUGACAUCUCAAGCAUUCAACAUGAAAUAACCAUGAUGAAGGAUUGCACUCAUAAAAACAUUGUGGCCUAUUUCGGCAGCUACCUCAGAAAUAACAAGUUAUGGAUCUGCAUGGAAUUCUGUGGAGGAGGAUCAUUGCAGGAUAUUUAUCAAGUCACUGGUCCUCUGAAAGAGAGGCAGAUAGCUUAUGUGAGCAGAGAGACACUUCAGGGACUACAUCAUCUCCAUGAAGCGGGAAAAAUGCAUAGAGACAUAAAAGGUGCCAACAUCCUUUUGACAGAGCGAGGAGAUGUCAAACUAGCGGAUUUUGGAGUGGCAGCUGAGAUCAACGCAUCUGUUGCUAAGAGAAAGUCCUUUAUCGGGACGCCAUACUGGAUGGCCCCAGAGGUUGCGGCAGUGGAAAGGAAAGGGGGUUAUAACCAGCUGUGUGACAUCUGGGCAGUGGGUAUCACAGCCAUUGAACUAGCAGAGCUGCAGCCGCCUAUGUUUGACCUACACCCCAUGAGAGCUUUGAUGCUGAUGUCCAAGAGCAGUUUUCAGCCUCCCAAACUCAAAGAAAAGAACAAAUGGUCCACAGAAUUCCACAACUUCACCAAAAUGGCGCUCACGAAGAACCCUCGGAAAAGGCCAACAGCAGAAAAACUCCUACAGCAUGCUUUUGUCACGCAGCUCCUCACGCGUAACCUUGUUAUAGAGCUGCUGGACGCGGUCAAUAACCCUGAUCUGCAACAGACACACACUAUGGAUGAGAGUGACCUGGAGACGUGCAGUGUCCUACCUGAUAAGAUUCAUUCCCUAGCGAAACUUCCCAUUCAGAGAACUCAGUCUGAAGAGCAAUUUGAUCAUGUGAGGUUUGGACCACCCAUGAGAAAGGAGACAGAUCCCUGUCCUGAUCUGGGGGCGUAUGAUGACUGGAGCGCUAUCAGUGAAAACAAGGACUCACCGAGUUUGUUGGAGUGUGUGGAAGAGGCCUUGAUGGAAAGGAGUUUGACUAUAAAGAGAGGCUCUUCAGCUGAGCACUCACCGGAUGAAGAGGAUAAAUAUGGGACGGUGAAGAGAGUGGUCUCUUCUCCCCAGUCAACAACAGUCGCCAAUCAAGAGAGAAAAGCUCCCACUCCCUGUUCCCUCUCCUCGCCUCUUAUUGGCUGCACACCUUUGAAGGGCCCCGCCUCUGACACUAACCCCGCCCUACUCAAUGAAUCCGCUUUGCCGAUUGGUUCAACACUGUCUGACCUGUCACUCCUCACAAACUCCUCCCUCUUCACAGACUCCUCCUUCCUCAGUCAUUCCACCAGUCUAGGUUCCCUUUGCUCAACACCAACUGAAGGUUUGAUAGCAGAGAGCUCUGUUGCUCCAGACCCAGGAGGAACCAGGAGUAAUUUCCCGCCACAUGACCCCCCUCUCUCCCCAGAAUGGAGUACUCUCAGGAGAAAACCAGACGACUCAAAAGUUGUCCAUGGACUGCCUCCUACACCACAAGUACAUAUGGGGGCCUGCUUCUCUAAAGUUUUCAACGGCUGUCCAUUAAAGACUCAAUGUGCCUCUACAUGGGUUCUUCCAAAGACCAGAGAUCAAUACCUUAUGCUGGGUGCUGAGGAGGGCAUCUACACUCUCAACCUCAAUGAGCUCCAUGAGGACACCAUGGAAAAGUUGCUUCCUCAGAGAUGCAGUUGGUUGUACGUGAUGAACAAUGUCCUUAUGUCCGUCUCAGGAAAGUCAUCACAGUUGACUUCUCAUAGUCUGCCAGCACUUUUUGAGAACCGCAAGAAUAUGCAGCGUAGACAGGGGCAUCUUGCGAUUAAUGCACACCGCUUGAGCACAAAGAUAAAUGCAAGGAAGUACGCCAUAUCAGUAAAGAUCCCAGACACCAAGGGCUGUAGAAGAUGCGGUGUGGUUCGAAACCCCUACACUGACAGCGUUUUCCUUUGUGCUGCUGUUCCCACUGGUUUGGUUCUUCUAAUGUGGUAUGAACCUCUGCAGAAGUUCAUGCAGCUCAAGCACAUUGCUCUGAACCUGCCAGAGUCUCUGCCCAUAUUUGAGCUGCUCGUAAAUGAAAUAGAAGAGCUGCCACAGGUCUGUGUGGGGGUGAGAAGCCGUCCCUGCCAAAAAGACAACACUGGACAGAUGCACUUUGACAUCAUCCACCUGGAUGACACGCCACAAAGUCUGCCAGAUGGUGAGUCUCUGGAGGUCAAGCAAGUGAUUCAGCUCGACAGGGACACAGUUCUCAUUGCACUGAAAAACACAGUGAAGGUUGUGAAUCUGCAGGGAUGUGUGAGCCAUCAGAAGACUUCUGAACUUGCAUUUGAGUUUCCCAUUCAGACGCUGGUGUGUCUACAGGACAGCGUUCUUGCCUUCUGGAAACAUGGUCUGAAAGGAAGGAGUUUACAAACUAAUGAGGUAACCCAGGAGAUCACAGACAGAAGUAGAGUUUUUCAGGUUUUGGGAACAACUAGGGAUAUUAUCUUGCAAAGCACUCCUACGGAUGAUCCGUCUGCUAUGAGCAACCUGUACAUCCUCACGGGGCAUGAAAGCAGCUACUGAUGGGAUUGAGACGCUGAGAAUGUUCAGUGAUAGCUGGAAACACUACAAAGGUUGAUAGUCCUCCCUUCCCUACUGAAAGGGUGGAGUCAUCAGGCCCAAAAAGCUCCAGGAACAGAGGAAGACAUGAUGGAGUCACAUACACACAGUUCUCCUUUGAGGACAGGAGGAACGAGGAUCUGGACAGGAGGAAAGUGACCUGUGGACUUGCAUUUGACCUAUACUAGGAUUGAAAUAACUUUGAAAAGGCUGUUAUGGGUCAGUGACUAAACAAUAGAGAUGUUCUAUUUAAUACUAGACAGUCUGUUGUAUUUCCUGUUUCGGAGAAUAUCAUAUAUCAACAUGUUUUGGUGCAGUGGUUCAAAAAUGAUCUUCCAUUGGCCAGUAAAUUAGUUGAUAGAAUUUCAGUUUUGUAAACCAUUGUACUGUAAAACCCCAAACUGUGAAAUAAAUAAAUGUAAACGACA